GUCAGCUGAUUUACUGCAGCAGCCCCGGCAGUGGCACCUUGCAACCCAGGCAGGGUGAGGGGCGGCUGCCUCGGCCUGGGGCUCCCCGGGUUCGCCCAUCCGGACUUGUGCCCGCCCUGGUCCUCCUCGCGUACGCUCCGCCUUUGGCUCCUUUGCGGGGGCGCCCAAAGCAUCUCCUACAGACAUGAUUAUUACCUGAGGUGAAGCUUUGACAGGCUUGAAAACACAAUGGCAGGAAACAGUCUAGUUCUGCCCAUUGUUCUUUGGGGCCGCAAAGCACCCACCCAUUGUAUUUCAUCAAUCCUGUUAACGGAUGAUGGAGGCACAAUUGUAACUGGAUGCCAUGAUGGACAAAUAUGUCUCUGGGAUCUUUCAGAAGAACUGGAAGUUAAUCCCCGGGCACUGCUGUUUGGUCACACAGCAUCGAUCACUUGCUUGUCCAAAGCCUGUGCUCCUGGAGACAAACAGUACACCGUGAGUGCAUCUGCAAAUGGAGAGAUGUACCUGUGGGACGUGAAUGACGGCAGAUGUAUUGAAUUUACAAAAUUAGCCUGCACACAUACUGGCAUACAGUUCUAUCAAUUCUCUGUUGGAAAUCAGCAAGAAGGAAGACUUUUAUGCCAUGGACAUUAUCCCGAAAUCCUCGUUGUGGAUGCUACCAGCCUUGAGGUGUUGUAUUCUUUGGUAUCAAAGAUAUCACCAGACUGGAUUAGCUCCAUGAGCAUUAUCCGGUCUCACCGGACACAAGAGGACACUGUGGUGGCACUCUCCGUGACAGGUAUCCUGAAGGUGUGGAUUGUUACCUCUGAACUUAGUGGCAUGCAGGAUACUGAACCAAUAUUUGAGGAGGAAUCCAAACCAAUUUAUUGUCAGAAUUGCCAAAGCAUCUCUUUUUGUGCAUUCACACAGAGGUCACUUUUGGUUGUAUGUUCCAAAUACUGGAGGGUGUUCGAUGCUGGAGACUACUCCCUGCUAUGUUCAGGUCCUAGUGAAAAUGGACAGACAUGGACUGGAGGUGACUUUGUGUCUGCAGACAAAGUCAUCAUUUGGACUGAAAAUGGGCAGAGUUACAUUUACAAACUCCCUGCGAGUUGCCUCCCAGCUAGUGACUCAUUCCGCAGUGAUGUGGGGAAAGCAGUUGAAAAUUUGAUUCCUCCUGUGCAGCACAGCCUGUUAGAUCAAAAAGAUGAGCAGUUGGUAAUUUGUCCUCCUGUUACUCGGUUCUUCUAUGGCUGCAAGGAAUAUUUGCAUAAGCUAUUAAUUCAGGGAGAUUCUUCUGGAAGGUUAAAUAUUUGGAACAUAGCAGAAGUAGCUGAUAAACAAGAAGGUGAUGAAGGGCUAAAAAUGACAACUUGUAUUAGCUUGCAAGAGGCAUUUGACAAACUGAAGCCUUGUCCUGCUGGAAUUAUAGAUCAGCUAAGUGUGAUUCCCAACAGCAACGAACCUCUUAAAGUAACCGCGAGUGUGUACAUACCAGCACAUGGACGACUUGUUUGUGGCCGGGAAGAUGGAAGCAUAAUUAUUGUCCCUGCCACCCAGACGGCCAUAGUUCAGCUCCUGCAAGGAGAACACAUGCUCAGAAGAGGUUGGCCCCCUCACAGAACCCUCCGCGGCCAUCGGAACAAAGUCACAUGUUUACUGUAUCCUCAUCAGGUCUCAGUUCGCUAUGACCAAAGAUACCUGAUCUCUGGAGGUGUGGAUUUUUCCGUCAUAAUUUGGGACAUAUUUUCUGGAGAAAUGAAACAUAUCUUCUGUGUUCAUGGUGGUGAGAUCACGCAACUUCUGGUCCCACCUGAGAACUGUAGUGCAAGAGUUCAACAUUGCAUCUGUUCUGUAGCCAGUGACCACUCAGUAGGACUUCUAAGUUUGCGAGAGAAAAAGUGCAUCAUGUUGGCGUCUCGUCACCUGUUUCCUAUUCAGGUGAUCAAGUGGAGGCCUUCUGAUGACUACCUGGUGGUGGGAUGCACAGAUGGCUCUGUGUAUGUCUGGCAGAUGGACACUGGUGCGCUGGAUCGCUGUGCGAUGGGCAUAACAGCGGUAGAGAUACUGAAUGCUUGUGAUGAAGCCGUUCCCGCUGCAGUAGACUCUCUUAGUCAUCCAGCCAUCAACCUGAAACAAGCCAUGACAAGACGGAGCCUUGCUGCCCUUAAAAACAUGGCACAUCAUAAGCUGCAAACCCUCGCAACUAACCUCUUGGCGUCCGAGGCCUCUGACAAAGGGAAUUUACCUAAAUAUUCUCACAACUCCCUGAUGGUUCAAGCAAUAAAGACAAACCUAACAGACCCGGACAUCCAUGUGCUUUUCUUUGAUGUGGAAGCUUUGAUUAUUCAACUCCUGACUGAAGAAGCCUCUAGGCCGAAUGCUGCACUUAUUUCCCCAGAGAAUUUGCAAAAAGCAUCUGGCAGUUCAGACAAAGGGGGCUCUUUUCUGACUGGAAAGCGGGCAGCAGUUCUUUUCCAGCAAGUGAAGGAAACUAUCAAAGAGAACAUAAAGGAACAUCUCCUCGACGAGGAUGAGGAUGACGAGGAGGCAAUGAGGCAGAGAAGGGAAGAAAGCGAUCCUGAGUACCGGGCCAGCAAGUCCAAGCCACUGACCUUACUAGAAUACAAUCUCACUAUGGAUACUGCAAAGUUAUUCAUGUCCUGUCUUCAUGCCUGGGGUUUGAAUGAAGUUCUGGAUGAAGUUUGUCUUGAUCGCCUCGGAAUGCUGAAGCCACACUGCACAGUGUCCUUCGGCCUCUUAUCGAGAGGAGGCCAUAUGUCGUUGAUGCUUCCCGGUUAUAAUCAGGCUGCUGGAAAACUACGACAUGGGAAAGCAGAAAUAGGAAGGAAGCUGCCAACAACUGAGGGAGUAGGAAAAGGAACCUACACAGUGUCUCGAGCAGUCACCACUCAACAUCUCUUGUCCAUCAUAUCUUUGGCAAAUACUUUAAUGAGUAUGACCAAUGCAACUUUCAUUGGCGAUCACAUGAAGAAGGGCCCAACCAGGCCACCUAGACCAGGUACCCCAGACUUUUCUAAGGCAAGGGGUUCCCCUCCAACUUCCAGUAACAUUGUGCAAGGACAGAUUAAACAAGUUGCUGCACCUGUCGUUUCUGCUCGGUCUGCUGCUGACUCUGGCUCUGACUCUGCCUCUCCUGCUUUACAUUCCUGUUUCUUAGUAAAUGAAGGAUGGAGCCAGUUGGCUGCUAUGCACUGUGUUAUGUUGCCUGACCUGCUGGGGCUGGACAAGUUUAGGCCUCCUCUUCUGGAGAUGCUAGCUCGAAGAUGGCAAGAUCGAUGCUUAGAGGUGAGAGAGGCUGCUCAGGCCCUGCUUCUAGCAGAGUUGAGAAGAAUUGAACAGGCAGGACGAAAGGAAACUAUUGAUACCUGGGCUCCUUACUUACCUCAAUAUAUGGACCAUGUUAUAUCACCUGGAGUCUCAGUGGAAGCAAUGCAGACUAUGACAGCUGCUCCAGAUGCAUCAGGACCAGAAGCCAAAGUCCAAGAAGAAGAGCAUGACCUUGUGGAUGAUGACAUCACUACUGGUUGCUUAUCCAGUGUACCACAAAUGAAAAAAAUGUCCACGUCCUAUGAAGAAAGAAGGAAGCAGGCCACGGCCAUUGUUCUCCUGGGAGUGAUAGGAGCAGAAUUUGGAGCUGAAAUUGAACCACCAAAACUGUUGAGUAGACCUCGAAGCUCUAGUCAAAUUCCUGAAGGAUUUGGAUUGACAAGUGGAGGCUCCAACUACUCACUGGCCAGACAUACUUGCAAGGCACUGACAUAUCUUCUGCUGCAGCCACCAAGCCCCAAGCUCCCUCCUCAUAGCACCAUCAGGAGAACCGCCAUUGACCUGAUUGGCCGAGGUUUCACUGUGUGGGAGCCUUACAUGGAUGUGUCCGCUGUGUUGAUGGGGCUUCUGGAGCUGUGCGCAGAUGCUGAGAAGCAACUGGCCAACAUCACAAUGGGGCUACCUCUGAGCCCAGCAGCUGACUCUGCCCGCUCUGCAAGGCAUGCCCUUUCUCUCAUCGCCACUGCCCGACCACCCGCCUUCAUCACCACCAUAGCCAAGGAGGUACACAGACACACAGCCCUUGCAGCAAAUACCCAGUCACAACAGAGUAUACACACAACAACCCUAGCCAGGGCUAAAGGGGAGAUCCUGAGAGUUAUUGAAAUUCUCAUUGAAAAGAUGCCUACAGAUGUUGUGGAUCUUCUUGUGGAGGUUAUGGACAUCAUCAUGUACUGCCUUGAAGGAUCCUUAGUUAAAAAGAAGGGUCUUCAGGAAUGUUUUCCAGCUAUCUGCAGGUUCUACAUGGUCAGCUAUUAUGAGCGGAGCCACAGAAUUGCUGUUGGAGCACGCCAUGGCUCAGUAGCCCUGUAUGACAUCCGGACUGGAAAAUGUCAGACCAUCCACGGACACAAGGGACCAAUCACGGCCGUGUCCUUUGCUCCUGACGGGCGUUACCUGGCCACCUACUCCAACACUGACAGCCACAUUUCUUUCUGGCAGAUGAACACAUCACUCCUGGGAAGCAUCGGCAUGCUGAACUCGGCACCUCAGCUGCGCUGCAUUAAGACCUACCAGGUACCUCCAGUGCAGCCCGCAUCCCCUGGCUCCCACAAUGCCCUUCGGUUGGCCCGGCUCAUCUGGACUUCCAACCGGAAUGUUAUCCUCAUGGCCCACGACGGGAAGGAACAUCGCUUCAUGGUCUAACACUCCUGGCUGCUGCCCUGACUGCCUGUUAGUUAACUCUAUAUUUUCUAGGCCAAUGUUACUCUGUCCUUACUCAGGCUGGACUGUUGCUUGCUAUCUGCCCUCCUCAAGGCCAUCCAGGGACAUGGCCAGGUCUGUGUCACUUGUGCGUGCUUCAUGGGGGCAGACUCCAUGUAGGCAACCUGUCAAUUUAAAGGCACGCACUUAGCACUCAACAGGAUGUGACCUUUCUGUCACUAGGUAGAUUUUCCCUGCCAGAGAUGGGAGGGGAGAGCUAGUGGUUCCUGGAGGUGCUCUUGUUGCUUGAUGCAACAAAAGCCUGAACAUCAAUAACCUCUGUGCUUCACUCCCAGCCCUGAUCCCCAUUGCCAGCCCUGGAAGCUCAGCUCUGCCUGGACACUGGGGCAAAAUGGAGUCCUCAUUAUUGAAAUGACUUCCCUUUGGAUAUCCCAAACAUGCUGUUGUUUACCAAACCUUUUACAUGUUUACAUUGUUUUUUUUUUUUUCCUGGUAGCAAUUGAUAAGCAGUUACUCAAUUCCAUUUCUGAGGAGUUAGCCACUACUUUCUCAGUAACACCAAUCCUGAUUUGAGGCUAAUGAGAGAAUAUUAAAUUACAUAUGUUUUUUUUCCUUCCAGAAAAGUUCUCCAGAUACCUAGCUUUCUAAAAGACUCAUUUCCUGCUUAAAUGUUAGUACAUUUCAUAGUUUAAAAUACACAACAUCGCCACUCAACAUGUGGUGACUCUAACUAGCCUUCCACGGGGACUUUCAGUGGAGAACCAAGUUUGGAAGCAUAACACAUUUGCGCAGUGGAGUAUCUCCCGUGUGUCACUACACGCCCGCCUGUGCAGGAGAGCCCCCUCCUCUUCAGGAACUUCAUAACUGGCAGUUCUCAUGUGUGCGCCCAGUCACUUACAAUGAUCAUUUCAACCCAGCCUUCCAAAUUCUGACCAGUGCAAGAACAACUAGGAAGGCAUUUAUUUUAAGUAAACUUCCUAGAAAUCUAAUAACUGUGUAGACACCUUGUUGAGAAGAUACAGAAAAAUGUGAAGCCUGUCCGUCUGUUUGAAUGAACACUAUAGUGAAUGUGUUCACCACGUUUCAACACAAACUUUAAUUCCACUUUCCUCUUGUGUCAAGUUAUGUUGAUUGUAACAUAAAGGAAGAAAAAAUCCAUGACACAGUGUUUCGUAUGAGUUGUUCCUAAAAAAAUUUGAUCUAUAUUAGUGGGAGUUGACUUGUUUGUUGGUUGAUUGGUUAAUUAUACAAGAUGGUUUAUUAUAUACAAAAAUAAAAAGAAGUUAUUGAACUCAGAGAAAACGUGUAAUAUUAACAGAGGAACCAAAAUGAUAAUGAGAGCAUUUAGUCUUAAACUCAUAGAUUGUCAAAGUUUAUGUAAGAUGUAGAAGAGUAGGAUCAAGGUCCGUGAAUAAAUACAUCAUUUACAGUCCUUUAAAAAACAUGUGAAGAAGCAAAUGUCCUCAGAAUGUCUUUUGCUAUUUUGUUAUUUUUAUUGGUGACAGCUCUAUACUGUCUCUUGGUUUUUGAUGUUUGGGUUCUUUCAAAUGUGAAUUUAUUUCACAUGCAUGUAUAUCUUAUUUAUAGUGAUUAUAUUCAUAGCUUCAAAGAAGGAAACCAAGGACUGUACAGUGUAGAUUUUUGUGAACUUGGUAAUAUAUUUGAUGUAAUGGAGAAUGUCCAGCGGGCUCCAGAGGCUGCUGUCUACCCAGCACACGUUUACUUGAUGAACUUCAGAGGGAGGAACUGAACCAUUUGGAAUGACAGACAAACUCACACCUUAGACAUUUUUUUUAAGCAAAAUGUUCCAUACAUUAUGAAAGAGAUGCUGGACUGGAGGGCAACAACAGAUGCCAUCCAUCAUAGAGAUGGGUACACAGCAGUGAGGUCACAGGGACAACUCUCUGGCCGUAGGUCUGGCUGGUCCUUCCAUGUGUAUAGUCAGGAGCGCACAAGGACAAUAAAGUUCUGUGCAUGUAAAACUUUAUGCUAGAAGAAUCACUAGCUGAUAAAGUAUCACUUAAAUUCUCAUUAUCAUAACUCUAUCCUUGGCUGUUUGGACAACCACAGUUCCCAGCUGCAUCUCAGCUUGGAUUCCUCAACACUGAGGUAAAGUUUGUAGUGCCAUCCCAGUGUACGCUUGUAGUGUUUUAUUGAUUUUGUUGACACAGCAUUUGGAACUGUCCUUUUAAGUAUAAAGACAUAUGUGGCUUCACUGGUAAUUUACAAGCAGAAGGCGACAUGAUAAGAAACCUGUAUGAAAAUGUUGUCAUGUUUGAAUUGCAUAUAGUGAAUAAAUUAAAAUGUCUGUCUCCUAAGACAUUUCUGGUUGACUCCAUUUAAUAGAUUCUAUAUGUGUUUAAAAUCGUUGUGUACAUACUUGUGUUAAAUAAAACUGAAGUGUACUGAUAAAA